AUGGACCCUACCAAGGGUUUGGAACCGCACCAGUCGCAGCCGCCGCCGCCGCCGCCGCCGCACACCAAGAAGCGGCAGAACGGCAGCAGCGAGCCGCUAGGGUCCCUGCAUGCGCCCGGCAGUGGCACCACCGGCAGAAGCAAUUUUGAAGACGAUGGUGACGCCAGCGCCGCCGGGGGACAGCCGCCGCCAAACAAGAGCCAGAAGCGCCGCGGGAGGCACAAUACGGCCUGCAAUUUCUGCCGGCUGCGCAAGGCACGCUGCAACAAUGAGCGUCCGCGCUGCGGCUUCUGCAGGGCAAGCAACCAGGAGUGCGUCUAUGCCGAGGAUCAGGAGAAGCGGUGGCAGCAGUCCCACGAUUACAGCACUGCCGACAUCAUAUCCCGCUUGGACGAGCUCAAGAGUUUACUUGUUGGCUCCACGGGAAUUGCGGCGGCCGCAGCAGCAACAGCAACAGCAGCAGCAGCAGCAGCAGCAACUACGCCGCCGCUGCCGCCGCCGCCGCCGCGAAACCACCAGAGCCGCUGGCCCUCCGUCUCCGACCUCGACGGCGCGAAUAGCCCGUCCGCAAACAGCAGCAACAGCCACCGCAGCCCGUCCGGGGCCAUGCAUUCGGCCACCCCAGGACCUGGGGACGGUCGCGGCCGCGUCAAACUGGCCGAGGGCAACUUCUUAUGGGCGUCGUGCGAGUCGAUUCUCCGCUGGCCGGCGCUGCGGGACCUCUUGCUCCCGGAGGAGCAAAACAUUCAAUCCUUUGUGCUGGAGUCGGACCUGGACUUUGACGAGGUCUUUGUGUCAAAGACGAGCAGGGUCCAAUCGACACGUCCCAAAUUCCAGAGCCCGUCGGAUGCCGACAGUCGGCGUCGCGAGAUCAGCGAGGCCGAGAUCGUGCCGCUAGUGGACAAGUUUUUGAUGGAGGUCCAUGUGCGCAACCCCAUCCUGGACGAGGAGGAGCUGAGGAGGUAUGCGAGGGACGUUGCCGAGAACGGAAUGACGUGGGAUGGAAAGACUUGUUUGGUGCUGAUAGCGUGCGCCCUCGCAUGCCUCUGGGCCGGAUGGCAUCCACCACCACCCCCUGGCAGCGUCGCAGCCCCGUACUACUCGGAGCGAGAAGACGUGCAAGGCGCCGCGGCAUUCUACCUGGAGGCCAAGAAGCGGUUCGGUUUUCUUCAGAUGACCAUACUGGACCUCCAAUGCCUGCACCUGGCCAACAUGUUUGAGAAGUGCGCCUUUAGGCCGCUGAGGGCGUUCGACCUGAUGCAGAAGGCGAGCCACCGGCUUCAGGUUCACCUGCAAAGGAAGACUUGGCGAGGAGAGGCCAUCGCCAAGACACCAGAGGCCCAGAGGGCGAGCAUGUUGGAACAGAGACUUUUCUGGUCGACAGUCAGACUAACA